GCUGUAGUAUUGCCUUCAAAACAGUCAUCAUCUUACAAUUAGAUUUCAAAGGUAUCUUUGUACUGUUGUUAUUAGUCAUCAGCCAUGCAUUUAUCCGUGUAUCUCAAUUUCAGUUUACAAACAUGACUUUAGUCAGUUAUCCAUUUUAGGGUUUAAAAAAACAGUUUGAUAACAAAAGCACACGUUUUGCAGCAAAAGCUAUCAGUAUUGAUCAUUAAGAGUCUGCAGUAAUGAAACUAGUUUGCACAACCAAACACGGUCAGCGCGCAGCCCAGCUAUUCAAAAUCAUUAAAAAAUCUUCUUUCUCGAUUCCGCUCUUCGACGAAAUCAGGGCAAUAUGACAGACGUGAAGCCACAAGUUAUCAACCCCAUCUCAACCAUCAACCUAUGAGUUUGCAAUGAGCACUGUUAGUGCUUACCGUGCACAAUGGAGUAUAUAUAUGCAGCGUACAGCUGAAGGCGAAUCAUUCACUUUCGGGAUUCGAAAAACUAAAGCUAAGGAAACCAAUCUCUUGAAGCAGACAGACAAAAUGAUGACUUCUGUGACUACCACGCUACUGCUUGCUAUUGUAGCUACGUGCGUCUCGGCCGCUCCUACAGAAAAGAAGACUUUGUUUAAUGAGCUUUUCGAUGAAUUGAAUACCACAAUGAAAGAGCUUUCCAAGCAUUCCAUGGAUGACAUCUUUGUGAGUGAUCUGAAACACCAUAAGGAUUGUAAGGAUGUGUUUUUCUGCCAGGCUGAGGAUCAACUGAUAAAAAAGGUUUCCGGACGCUCUGGGUCCAAGUUUGAACGUUUCCGCUCAGACAAGAAGCUAAUGAGGACUUUGAAAAUGAUAAAUGAAAAUAAUAUGAAAACGUGUAAACCUGCAGAUGACCAGGUCGAAAUCCAACUGUCUGAGUUUCUGAAGAAUCUGAAACAAUGUGUCCAAUUGAGAAAUGCCAACAAAAUCAAGGAAUGAAGCUGUGCUGUAUUAACUUAUGAAGCAGUGUUAAUUUAUAGGAUAUUUAUAUUGUCUAUUAAAUAAAGACUUACAUGGACUUGUUUCUGUGUAACAUUAAAAUGCAUUUGUUGCUGAAGAGAAAUAAAUAAAUAUAUUUUUCACGAUCAAAUACUGUUUUAUAGUUCAUUUUUGAUACUUACAUUAUUUUAUGCACUAUGUAUAAUACGUUUCAAUAAUCUCAUAAACACACAUUCUGAUGGUUUUUAUUUUUAACCCAAUGAUAGGUAAAUAUUGGAGAGAAAAGGUGUUGGGUUAUUAAAGAGCACCUAUUGUCCAGUUCACAUUUUUAAAUUUCCUUUGGUGUGUAAGUGUGUAUUAGUACAUGUUAAUGAUAUGCAAAAUGUACAAACCCCAAAGUAAACAAUGACGCAAAUGACGUAAAUCUCUUUUCUUGGACUACAACAAACACACGGAUUGUAGGCAACUGUUUACUUCCUGGUAUUGGUGAUUUAGCCAUCAUGUUCCACUAAAAAUAAUGUUGGGUUGUUGUUUGGGUAAAACAUUUACAAGUUAUAAAUGGACCUAUGCUAGGAUGUUGUUACCUAACUAUGGGAUAAAACAGCAUAGGUUUUCCAGGAAUUCAAAACCACAUUCACACAGCACUUUGGUCCCAGAAAAUUUCUGAAAAUUGUCAGAGAGGCUUCUGUGCCGACUCAAACACAUCCCAUAAAUGUUCUGGGAUCGCUCCCGUAAAGAGGACCUAGUAACAUUGCCGUAACAUUCACGGAAAGCAUUCUGUGUGAACAAGAGGCAGAAACAAUGCCGUAAGGGGCGUGCUGUGGUGAGGACGCGUGUCUCAUUGCAACAAGAAGUUAUGGUUCAGCUAUUUGAAAAAAAGGGAUUUAAACGCAGAUCAACAUUCACAACAGUGGCGGCUCGUGACUGCUCAUCCGAGGAGGCGCUAAUUCAAAAUAAGUGUUCGGAUUGUCACGUGUGUGGUUCCCUUUUCCAAAAUAUGUUUUCUGCGUGUGGAUAGAUCCUGUGUGCAUCACGUGUUUUGCGAAAUAAGUGCCACACGCGUCAAAACAGUUUAUGAUAAAAGAGACGCUCACAAAAUACACGGUAGACACUCCCUUAACAGUAAACUCUGAUUACACAUGAGAUUAUGCGAGUAUCUGGCAAUCGCGAGCGUCUCUUUUAUC